UGUAGGCAUAUUUCAACGAGUCCUAUUUCAGUAUCACAUUUAAACUGAAUCAACAGAGUUUCACCAGCUGCAGCCCUAAGUUUGUUAAUUUCUGAGGCUAAUUCUACUUGGGAACACCUACGGAUAUGGAUGGCACAGGAGGCAGUCGUAAAAGGUGGUGUCUGCAACACUUUCUCCUAUCGGUGCUACUGACAACAUUCAGAACCGCACACGCAGGUGAUUUUGCACUCAUCGCGGAUCUCAACAACGGAACCAUUUACGCGGGGAGCAUGGGCCGCAGUCUUGUUGACUUGGCUCCCCUGCCCCUCAGCGGCAUAGUGCGCCCAGUCACCGUUGACUUCGACCCACAAGAACGAAUGAUCUACUGGAGCGAUCUCCGGAGUCAACCAAGUCCGAAAAUAUCUCGAGCAAACCUGGACGGCUCUAAUCAAAUGACUAUCGCAGAGAACCUUCGCCUACCAGACGGGUUGGCACUGGACGUUGAAGCCAGGAUCCUGUACUGGACAGACGGCGUGCUUGGACACGUGGGACGAGCAAGCAUGAACGGCACUGGGAACAAAGAAAUCAUCGUGGAGAACCUGGACCAACCUCGAACCAUUGUCACCGAUCACAGCCAUGGACAUAUCUACUGGACUGACUGGGGGAGUAGUCCGCGGAUCGAGAGAGCGGAUCUCGACGGAGGAAACCGGACCAGCGUGGUUGAUAGCGACUUGCACUGGCCCAAUGGCGUUACCAUCGAUGCGGACUAUCUGUACUGGUGCGAUGCUUUCCUCAACAAAAUCGAACGGAGCGAUCUCUCGGGUCAGAACCGCGAACUGGUGAUCGAUCUGAAUCCAUACGGCGACCUCCACCCGUACGAUUUAGACGUGUACCGGGGCGAUGUUUACUGGACCGACUGGAAAGUCAACACGUUGAUCCGGGUGAGCUUGAACGGCAGAGGAGAGGGCAACUUUGGCCCGUCGACAUUCCAACAGCCUGGAGGGAUUCACAUCGAAGAAGAACCCGAUCAUUGCGACAGUUCGCCAUGCGACAACGGUGCACCUUGCGAGGAUGUUAUCGGCGGCUUUCUCUGUCAGUGCCCGCCUGGACUCCAAGGGACCACCUGCUCUGACGCUACCUCCUGUGUUCUUCCACCCGACCCAUCUGACGUUCUGAUGGUGGUAUCGGGGCAGCAAGCCGUAUACCUUCCUGGUGACUCGGUCCAGUAUGCCUGCCCGGAUGGAUAUCAGCUCAGUGGAUCAACCACAAGGAUCUGUCUUUCGGAUUUAACCUGGUCCGGCCAGCAACCUACAUGCAGCUUAACAGUUGUUGGGUGUGCACCUCCUACUCCCGACCCAUCUGAUGUCCUGAUGGUGGUAUCGGGAGGGCAAGCCGUAUACCAUCCCGGUGAUUCGGUCCAGUAUGCCUGCCCGGACGGAUAUCAACUCAGCGGAUCAGCCACGAGGAUUUGCCUAUCAGACUUUACAUGGGCUGGCGAAGCACCCGUAUGUCAGGACGAGCUAGAACCUACUCCUGAUGUUUCUGGUUGCACACCACCCACUCCUGGUCCAUCUGAUGUUCUCAUGGUGGUAUCGGAUCAGCGGGCGGUUUAUCUUCCCGGUGACUCGGUCCAGUAUGCCUGCCCAGACGGAUAUCAACUCAGCGGAUCAGCUACAAGGAUCUGUCGGUCAGACUUCACGUGGGCUGGUGAAGCACCCCAAUGUAUGGAGGAUGACCCUGCCACUGUUUCCGGUUGCACACCACCCACCCCUGACCCAUCUGACGUUCUGAUGGUGGUAUCGGAUCAGCGUACCGUGUACCAACUCGGUGACUCGGUCCAGUAUGCCUGCCCGGACGGAUAUCAACUCAGCGGGUCAGCCACAAGGAGGUGCCGAUCAGACUUCACGUGGACCGGUCAAGCACCUCAAUGUAAGAAGGAGGACCCUAUCUCUGGAAAGAGUACAGGUGCCAUACCUGUGGCGAUCAUUGCAGGUGGGUCUGGGGGAGCUGUUCUUUUCCUUGUGGCAGUCGCCAUCAUCUGCGUUGUGGCAAUCACCGUCAAGAGGAGGAGAAGGCGACGAUUUGGGGGUAGAGUGCCAAUAUCUGACAUAGCAGAUCGCACAUGCAAGGAGGUGUUCCCGAAGGAGUACUCAACUUACGUCCAUUACGAAAAGCAUAUCGCCGAGCCCCUGUACAGCGAGACCCUCUUCUAAGAAAAGUGUGCAUGACGAAAAUAUCAAGAGCGCCCUCAAGAGUUUAAGCAAGCUCGUGAAGAGAGACGUUUGGUACAUUCUUUUUUAUUGUGGAUUUUUAAAUAAGGAUACACCAACUGAAAAGAGAAACAAAUCUGUAAAUUUCCACUAUUCGGUAGACUUACAAUACAGGAUAAAUCCUGAGCCAUGUGUUGCAUUGUUUCAGUAUGUUAGAAAUUUUUGUCGGUCUGUAUUUUCAGGGUUUAAUUAAGCAUUAUUUUUUAUUUAUAGAGUCACUGAUGAUGGUAUUGUAAGACCGAAAUUUGGUCUGUCCCUGAGCAACCACACUACCACUCACACAACAGGUGUUCCACAUUACACUCCAAGGUCUUCACCUCACUCUUUUCCGAGCAAAUUAUACCCAGAGCAUACCAGGACUGUGAUUUCACCCUUGUACAGGGGAAAAGUGACCUCAUAAGGGUACUCCCCAGGGCCCAGACUGACCGUUAAGUCAGUCCAUGGUCAGUCUACCUUUACUCAGAAAUAAUGUCAUAAGUUAUGUUUUCCUUAUGACAUCAUUUCCUAUUUUCACCCAAAGUUGCCCCUCUUAAACAGUAUAAAAUGUCCACAUUUCCCACUGCAGGCAUCUGUCUUCUGUCACCUAAUCCUGUGUUCUGGUACCCAGCCAUACCCAUGCUUCAGCCGCAUGGUCUGAGGUUAUAUACUUCUGUAUUUAUACAAGACCCGAUGGAAUCGAGUUCUUACAAGUAAAAUAGUCUUUCCUUUAAGCUGAACUCAUACCAGUGUGUCUUCGUUUCUCCGUGUUUACUGUUCAACCCGCUCAUCAAAGCCACAGCUACCGGAACGUAACAAUAUAGUCAAAUAUCCAAAAGACUAUACGUUAUAGUAUUUUUGCAUCGGAGAGAUGUUCAUUUCUAAAUAUGCAUGGGUUUUUGCCCUUCACCGACGUAGUAUUAAUAAGCACUGUAUGCUCAGUACUGUCUGAGAGCUUGCGAGAAA